AGGGUUGAUCCUUUCUCCAAAAAGGACUGGUAUGAUGUCAAAGCACCAGCAAUGUUUAAUAUCCGAAACAUCGGAAAGACACUUGUCACCAGGACUCAAGGAACUAAAAUUGCCUCUGAUGGACUGAAGGGUCGUGUAUUUGAAGUGAGUCUGGCUGAUCUGCAGAAUGAUGAGGUUGCCUUCCGUAAAUUUAAACUGAUAACUGAGGAUGUUCAGGGCAAAAAUUGUCUGACCAACUUCCAUGGAAUGGACCUCACCCGGGAUAAAAUGUGCUCCAUGGUCAAAAAAUGGCAGACAAUGAUCGAAGCUCAUGUAGAUGUCAAAACCACUGAUGGUUACCUACUGCGCCUCUUCUGCGUGGGUUUUACAAAGAAGCGUAAUAACCAAAUCCGCAAGACCUCAUACGCCCAGCAUCAGCAGGUUCGACAGAUUCGCAAGAAGAUGAUGGAAAUCAUGACCCGAGAGGUCCAAACCAAUGACCUGAAAGAAGUUGUCAAUAAGCUGAUCCCAGACAGCAUUGGCAAAGACAUAGAGAAGGCGUGUCAGUCCAUUUACCCUCUUCACGAUGUCUAUGUCCGCAAGGUUAAGAUGCUGAAGAAGCCCAAGUUUGAAUUGGGCAAGCUGAUGGAACUGCAUGGUGAAGGUGGUGGUGCUGGAAAACCUUCUGGGGAUGAGGCAGGCACCAAAGUAGAGCGAGCUGAUGGAUAUGAGCCACCUGUGCAAGAGUCUGUCUGAAACUCAAAAUUGGUGGAAAAUAAAAGUUUUAAUAUACAGAACUAA